CCAACAACGUAUCAAACUCUUAAACCGUGUAUUUGACCAGCGGCGGCCAAGAUUGAUAGUUCUCCGCUUAAAUAACCAACCCUUUAUAAAAUCAGGUCCAAUAUGUCCCAACGCCAUUGUUUUAGACAAUAUCACAUUAGGAAUCCAACAUGGGAAACUCCCUUUUCUUUACCUCCUUUCUCUUCCUCUUUUUCUACACCAGUUUUUGCAUUGAUUCAAACAUUUCUUCAUGUCCAACUGAUUUCAGUUAUGUAGAAACCUUCCCAUGGGACAAGUCCACAUGCUUCGACACUAAUGGAACGCAGUGCUGCCAAGCACUCAUCAGUCUCUUUGGCAUAGGAACUGCCCAGCAUCUUAAGGCGACCUCCAUUUUUCAGUUACCAAAUCCAAUGGCUGCAUCUUCUUGUGUGUCUGAUUUUGAGAACAAGCUUGCUGCCUUGUCAAUACAGCCAUCUUUAGUCACUUCUUGCAUGCAGAACUCCAACCAGUUUGUUAGCAACAUUUCAAGUUGUGCUGGAAUUAUAACAAUCCAAGAUUGGAUUGAAAAGGUUGGUUCUGUGACUUUAUUAGAUACUGCUUGCAAAGGUGAUGUGACUGGGCUAAAGUGCAGAUCCUGUGUUGAAGCUGGCAACAAUGUGUUAUCCAAGUUAUUGCGUCUUGAUCCAAAUGCCACAAAAUGCUAUGACUUCAUCGUCUUGUAUGCUAUUGGUGUUAUUAAUGAUUUUGGUCCAAAGGAUCCUGGCUCAGCCGGCUGCAUACUAGGCUUACCAUUGGAUAGCUCAGCAGAAAAGAAUCCAAAGAAAAAAUUAAGCAGCGAAACGUUGCUAAGAUUGGUUUUUGGUUUCUUGGGUGCUUUUAUUGGUGUUUUGCUUGCUUUUACGCUAAUUGUCUUGUACAGGAAAUGGGAUAAGAAGAACAGGAGAAACGCCCCUCAUAGAAGAUUUGUUAGCAGUUUCAGGGCAAGCGUCUUACCAAAUUCAGGUGCCAAAUGGUUUCGUCUGUCAGAGCUCGAACGAGCCACCAACGGAUUUUCUCAAAAGAAUUUGGUAGGCCAAGGUACAUAUGGAGUUGUGCACAAAGGAACUCUUGCAGAUGGUACUUUGGUUGCAGUGAAACAGAUUCUUGAUUUGGACUCAAAAGGCGAUGAAGAGUUUUCCAAUGAAGUUGAGAUCAUAAGCAAAAUAAGGCACAGGAAUCUUCUUUCUCUUCGUGGUUGUUGUGUCACAAGUGACAUGGCGAAAGGUAGAAGAAGAUAUCUUGUUUAUGAUUUCAUGUCGAAUGGCAGCCUUGGUGAGCAUUUGUUCAAUGAUUUUAGCAGGCUGCAACUAAGUUGGCCUCAGCGCAAGAAUAUAAUUCUUGAUGUGGCUAGGGGUCUAGCUUACUUGCACUAUGGAAUUCAACCAUCCAUUUAUCAUAGAGACAUUAAGGCCACUAACAUACUUCUAGACUCAGAAAUGAAAGCAAAAGUUGCCGAUUUCGGAUUAGCGAAGCAGAGUUUGGAAGGGCAGUCUCAUCUCACCACCAGGGUUGCUGGCACACAUGGUUAUUUGGCACCAGAAUAUGCUCUGUAUGGACAAUUAACAGAGAAAAGUGAUGUUUACAGCUUUGGAAUUGUGAUUCUUGAAAUUAUGAGUGGAAGGAAAGUACUUGACACAUCGAAUUCAUCCUAUCUGUUGAUCACGGAUUGGGCUUGGAAGCUUGCGAAAUCAGGGAACGUGCAAGAAAUUUUGGAUGAAUCAAUAAGAGAUAAAGGGCCCAAAGGGGUGAUGGAAAGGUUUGUUCGGGUGGGGAUUCUUUGUGCUCAUGUCAUGGUAGCUUUCAGGCCAAAAAUUGCUGAGGCUCUGAAGAUGUUAGAGGGUGAUAUUGACAUUCCCAAAUUGCCAGACAGGCCAUUGCCACUUAGUCAUGAGUCCUUCAGAUCGUCCUUGGGGAGUAGUGCAUCAACAAGUAAUAGAUCAAAAUCUAGCUCAAACAUGUUCAUAGUAUAGAUUGAUUCUGUUCUUGGGGCUAGGCUUGGAAAGCCACCGCACCAGCCACCAUAGACAAAUUCUAGGCAUACAAAUUGCCAUUGACCCAAAACUCGAGUGGAUUCAUGGAUUAGAAAUUAGGAUAACAAAAUGAAAAGUAUACAUAGUUGCCCAAUAGUCAAAUUAACUAAUCUUAUUAGCCUUCGUUCUUUGCUAUAUAUGUAUCUUGUUCAUAAGUUUCCAAUCAAACAAGUUACUUAUGAGUUUUCAAUUCAAACUUUCAAAGAUGGUUUUGAGAUUGUCUUGGUUUCAAGUAACCAUGAGCUCAACGAGUCAAGGCAUGUUAUUCUUCGGAUUAAACAUUUUCUAGAGUAAUUAAUAGUAGUUAAUUACACGUGAUUUUGGUGCAAUGUUUGAAUUUUUUUUUUUAAUGAAAUACCUUUCUUGUAUUGACGAUGGUGACAAUUGUCAAAUUUCUGCCUUUAUUUUUAUCUUUUUUAAUUUAGCUGCAAGAGAUUUUUUAACUUCACUCAAUACAUCCCCCCUUCAGAUGAUUAAAACAGACUUACCUACAUCAUAUUUAACAAACUCAUAAAAAAUAAUUACCUUCUUACCAUCUCCAAACCAAUUUAAAUGCAGAAAACAAAGACUAGCACACUCUUUAAUCCAAUCAUCCAUUAGGAAAAUUUAAUACAACGCUUCACCAUUUUUUAUAACCAUUCGUUCGGGAAAUUUAAUAUAACGCUUCACCUCAUUCUCAGUUUACUUUAGAAUCUUGAAGUCAAGAUCCGUCUACCAUGUGUAGGGGCCAUUGCCAUGUUUACCACAUUUAUCAAUAUGGCAUGCACACACACUCAUACACACACUCCAAUUCACAGUUCAAGGCUCUUUAAGUUCUUCAACCCAUCUUCACGUUGCCAUCCGUAUCGCCAUGCCAGCAUGAUCAUGCACCACCUAUUUGCUUGCAUUCAAGCGGGAAU